AUGCCUGUCAUGGUUCACGGCCUCUGUUUACCGCCGCUGGUCUCUGCAAGUGUGACAAAGAUCAGCGUAGGAUGCGACAAACUCUCGAAGGAGGGGCGGCCUGUGCUCCUGCAGUACUCCAAGGAUGGUGGUGUCACCUGGGCCCUGGUGGAGGAGGGAUGUCCUGCUUCAGCUCUUCACUGUCAUGGUCCCAAGGAACCCAGCGUGUAUCACCCAGGCCACCACGGACCAUGGACUCGAGUCCUGCUUCCUGUUGACCACAGACUGGCCCAAGGGUCAGUGCAGGUCAGGUGGGUGCAGGACAACCCUGGUGAGACUGCAACAGGAGAGUUUGCCCUGCGAGGCCUCUACAUAGGCCCACCCUGCCCCUAUGCCUGUCAUGGUCACGGCCUCUGUACCGCCGCUGGUCUCUGCAAGUGUGACAAAGGUUACAAUGGAACAUACUGCGGCAAGUUCCCGUCGAGGAACCAGGAGUGGAUGGACGACAGCUUCGACAACAGUGAGGUGUCGCCCAUGUGGGAUCGUGUUGAGGGAGGAUCAGUGUCUAUGGGUUGUGGUCCUCACCACACUGGUAAUGUUCUGCUCUUCUCUGGUGAUGGGCCGCGCUUCGCCACCACCGCUCCCAUCGACACCAGAUACAUAAAGUAA